AGAGUGUGUGUCGUUUGGUGGUUGUGCUUCGGAGUGUCGGGCGUUUUUACCUGGUCGGUUACCACUCUCAGGUUGUCGAGUCUUCUGUGUUGCACGUUUUUGUCUGCACCAGGUGAAAUUUUCGCGUGAAUUUUCCGUUUCCCCGGUUUCGCAGCUUUCCGCCUCCCGGGCUUUCAUCGAAUUAAUCAACAAACGUUCCCGACUUCGAUUUUCCGAUCAUUUUCUAGUUGAUUUUGCGUGAGUUGUUAAUGUGAGUGACAGUGUGUGCGUGUUCUACUAAUUAGCGUGCGAAGAAAGGUAAAAGUGAGGUGAGGCUGUGAGGGAGGAGUUUGUGAUUCAUUGGCAAAGUGCAACAGCGUUUAACGUUCAUGUGGUGUCCGACGCGGCGGAGAAAAUGCUGUUUGGAAUAGAAGCUGUUGUCCUCCGGCCGCCAUCGCCGCCCACAAUUUCGCUGCUGGUUUGUCUCGCUCUACUUCCAAUUUUAUCUUUGGGCUCGAAUGUCGAUUCGAAAGAAGUCUACCUGAAUGGCUCCGCAUAUUUACGGCUUUUCACUCCGAUGCCCAUUUGGGGUCACUCAGCAAUCAGUCUGCGAUCAUGUAGAGGUGGUGAAAUUCUCACUCAACGAUACAAUCGACAACAGUUGCAGUUAACCGUAUCAAAAGAUAAUGUAACCGUUUCUUUGGACGUACCGCAGAAAAGCGUUCAAGCGAUUAUUCCUGAGAGACUCCUGGACAACAAGUGGCAUACAAUAGAAUUUCUUUAUCAAUAUGGGAAUCUGCAUUUAAUCAUCGAUCAUAAAUCAACAAUAAUAGCGAAUUCUACAUACAACAGUUUAUUUCUGACAAACCAGGAAGUAAAAAAUGAAGCAGCCGUUCUCAUUCUGGGAAACAAAUAUUCUGGAUGCCUUCUUCAUGGCCCCGGAUUAAUUUUUAAUUCUAGUGCGAUCCAUGCGCAAGGCGUUGAGUUUGGUCCAUGUCCAAUGGCGCCAGGUCCUUGCGGUGAUAUCGACGUUAUCAGUCCCGUCGUUAUUGACCACUGUCGAAAUUAUCCUUGCAUGAAAUAUGGUACAUGUUUAUCGAAACAAGACGGCUACGAAUGCCAUUGCACACCACGAUAUGCAGGGAAGAAUUGCGAAGUUGAUACAGGACCGCCAUGUGCUUCGCAACCAUGCCAACAUGGAGGAGUAUGUGUGGAAGAUCUACGAGGCGAUUUCCAGUGCAAUUGCCCAUCAAAAUAUGUUGGAAGAUAUUGUGAAAUUGAAAUUAGCGUGCAUCCGCUUUGCGAAAAGAACCCUUGCUUGAAUAAUGGAACCUGUCGUGUUCCUCCCGGCGGAAAAAACUUUGAAUGCGACUGUAUCUUGGGCUUCUCCGGAAGUCGCUGUGAAACUGAUUUAAAUGACUGCGAAUCACAACCAUGCCAGCACAAUGGACGAUGCGUUGAUGAAAUUGGCAAAUUUUCAUGCGAUUGUUCAAACACUGGAUACGCUGGACCUCUCUGUCAGGACAACGUUGAUGAAUGCCUGAUGAAUCCUUGUCUCAACAAUGGCGUUUGUUUCGAUACGUAUGGGUCUUAUAUUUGUGACUGUCCUCCUGGAUACGGUGGUAAGAAUUGUAGUGACGAAAUCAACAAUUGUCUGCUACAACCAUGUCAACAUGGCGGUUCAUGUAAGGAAGUCAAAGGAUCAUUUGAAUGCAUAUGUCAGCAGGGGUAUUCGGGAUUAUUUUGUGAACAGGGACCGCCGUGUCCGUCGUGCCCAAUCGACUCAGAAUGUGUUGGUGGACAGUGUGUCUGCAAGCCAGGAUCAACAGGCCUAAUAGGUUACUGCGUUCCUACUGAAACCCCAAAAUCAGACGAAUCCAAUGCAUGCUCCUCUCUAUGCCGGAAUGGCGCUACAUGUUUGGGAACUGUUUCGAAUUUUACAUGUGUUUGCGCUAGUGGAUUCACAGGGCUUCACUGUGAGUAUCCAAGUGCAUCGGCAUUCCAAGAGGAUUGCCCAUGUAUGAACGGAGGUAGUUGUCUACCAAAUCAAACGUGCCUCUGUCGACCUGGUUUUGAAGGGAGUCGAUGCGAACGUAUCGAAAUAUGCAGCUCAGCCAACUGUCCCGAACCGAUGGUGUGCUUCGGAGGGGCUUGUAUUUGCCCAGAAAAUAUGAAUUGUGAUCUACCUUGUCACUCGUCACCGUGUCAAAACAAUGGUACCUGCCGUAACAAAGGUGACAAUUAUGAGUGUCUAUGCACAGAAGGCUGGACUGGAACCAACUGCGAACAGGAUAUUGAUGAAUGUGCAAGUCUUCCAACUUGUGGGAAUGGAAUUUGUAUUAACAACAAAGGCUCAUUCCGAUGUUAUUGCGAACCUGGCUACACUGGUGUAAGGUGUGAUACCGAUGUAGACGAAUGUCUUAGUUUACCUUGUAAAAAUGGGGCGACAUGCAUUAACAAGUCUUUGGCAAAACGCCGUCAAUUAUUUUUUUAUAAAUACGGAAAACAUCGGAGAAUUCUGAAAGCAAUCAACGACUACGAAUGUACUUGCCUGCCAGGGUAUACCGGAAAGGUGUGCGAUAUUGAUAUUGACGAAUGCGCGACGAACCCAUGCUCGAAAGGCUCAACAUGCAUAGACUCGAUUGCAAAUUUCACAUGCGUUUGCAUGCCAGGUAUGACAGGACAAUUGUGUGAAAUUGACAUUGACGAUUGCGAAUCACAACCUUGUUUAAAUGGGGGACGAUGUAUCGACAAAUUGGACGGAUUCGAGUGUAAUUGCUCUUCUACGGGCUACACCGGUGAUGUUUGUCAAAUUAAUAUUGACGAAUGUCAAUCGAAUCCAUGUGAAAAUGGAGCUCGGUGUGUUGAUAUGAUUAACGACUAUCAGUGCACAUGCUUUCCAGGCUAUACAGGGAAGAAUUGCGAAACUGAUAUUGACGAAUGCGAGAGUAGUCCAUGCCAGUAUAAUGGACAGUGUUUGGAAAAAUCGAAUAUGACGUUGUACAAAUUGUACAACCAACCAGAUGGUAUGAAACAUAACUUGCCAGCAUCCUUUGCGCAACCUUUUUCCUACGAAAAUGCAAGCGGAUAUGAAUGUGUCUGCGUGCCAGGUAUUACUGGAAAGAAUUGCGAAACGAAUAUUAACGAAUGUGAUAGCAACCCAUGCUCUAAAUAUGGAACUUGCAAUGAUGGGGUGGGAACUUAUACAUGUGAAUGCGAACCAGGUUUCGAAGGCUUACAAUGUGAGAAAGAAAUUGAUGAAUGUGAUAAAUAUAUGCCUUGUGAACACGGUACCUGCAUCGAUCAGCGCGAUGACUACACCUGCGAUUGCGAUUCAAUGUACGGUGGAAAGAAUUGUUCUGUACUUCUGACUGGGUGUGCCAACUCACCUUGUAUGCACGACGGAACUUGCAAGCCCUAUUUGGUUAACGAAACUGACCACAAGUUCAAUUGUACCUGCCCACAUGGUUACCAGGGAGCGAUAUGUGAUAAAAUCACGACUAUGUCCCUGGUUAAGAGCAGUUUGAUCACUGUGCAUACGAACCGUGAUGAAGGCUACGACAUAAAUCUGGAAUUCAAAACAACCCUGCCCAAUGGCAUUUUGGCAUUUGGCACUGGAAACGCUUACAGCUACAUUUUGGAACUGGUGAACGGUCGUUUGAACUUACACUCAUCUUUACUGAACAAAUGGGAAGGCGUUUUUAUUGGUUCUGGUUUAAAUGAUAGCAAGUGGCAACGAGUUUUCGUUGCAAUUAACUCAUCCCAUUUAGUGCUUAGCGCCAAUGAGGAACAAACAAUUUAUCCAAUAAACUCGUAUGAAGGCACGAAUGGAAGCCAUACCACAUUCCCAGAUACAUAUUUGGGCGGAACGAUACCAAACUUGUCCUCAUAUCUACGACAUUUGACGCACAACCCGUCAAGUUUCGUUGGUUGCAUGCAGGAUGUCGUUAUCAAUGGACAAUGGGUUUUCCCGAAUGAAACUGUAGAGCCAGUGAAAUUGGUCAAUGUUGAAACUGAAUGUCCACGAGAAGAACAAUGUAAGAAAGAUCCGUGCAAUUCAAAUGGCGAAUGCAAAGAUUUGUGGUAUACGUUUUCGUGCACUUGCCAUCGACCACAUUUAGGAAGGACUUGCAAAUUCAAUAUAACAGCGGCAACAUUUGGUCACGAAAACACGACUCGAACGGCAGUUAUCGUGAAAACUAGCGACAGCGCCAAACGUGCAAUUCGCUCAAUUUUAGAUAUAAGUAUGUUCAUUCGAACCAGACAAUCAAGCGGUCAAGUAUUCUACCUAGGAAGUGAUCCGAAUAAAGAUAAUACUAACGUCGGAACAGGAAGUGAUUCCUUCGUGUCAGCCAAACUACAUGGUGGUGAACUACUCGUUAAGAUCAAAUUCACGGGAACACCGGAGGCGUAUACAGUCGGGGGCAAUAAAUUAGAUAACGGUUACAACCAUCUCAUUCAAGUAGUUCGCAAUCUAACUCUUGUUCAGGUGAAACUUAAUGGAACAGAAUAUUUCCGAAAAACGUUAUCUUCCACCGGCCAACUAGACGCUGAAGUUCUAUAUCUAGGCGGACCUCCACCUGGACUAGACGGCGCGGAAUUAAAUCUUAGUAAAGAAGAACAAGAUAAAAUUUAUUUCAAAGGAAUAAUUCAGGAUGUACAAGUAAGCAACGGAUCACAUGCAAUGGCCGUACAAUUUUACCCUCUGAAUGAAACCGAAGUGACCAUCCCACCUCCUUUUGGUGAAGUUGUAAUCGACACGACUUCAGUUUUGAAAGGUGAAGUCUCAGAUGAUUUGUGUCGGCAGCAACCAUGUCUCCAUGGCGCUGAAUGUAAAAAUACUUGGAAUGACAUUGAGUGCACUUGCCCUCGAGGCUACAAGGGCAAAUAUUGCCAAGAUAUCCAGUUCUGUGAACUAAACAAAUGCCCUGGGGAAGGAGUGUGUCAGAAUUUAGACGAUGGAUUUGAAUGUAUAACAAAUAUGACAUUCCAGGGCAAUGAAGAAAAUCCUCUUUCGUUUGCAUUCUACCCAAGAGAUCCCCUGCUGCAGGAAAUGACUCCCCUGAAACCGACAAUAGAAAUAAGUUAUAGAACGAAAACAGGAGGAACCCUCCUUUACGUUCAAGAUGGUGAAAUGUACUUCGAAAUUGCCGUAUACAAAGAUCAAGUGACUCUUCAGUGGAAGCUAUCUUCAGAUUUGCCGGAAACGCAUCGAUUCCAUAAAGAGGAGACAACAUUUGACUGGAAUCGAAUUUAUAUCCGAAUGCAAGAUAACAUGUUGGAUGCAGGCUGGAAAGGUUGGGAGGAAUCUACUGAUCAAUCUCCUCUGAUAGCUACACGAAUCGAUGGGAAUGCAUUUCUACAACUAUUUUCCGGCGAAAACAUGAUAUACCUUGGCGGAAUGCCAGCAACAGAGGCUAAUCAAAUCACAAAGGGGCCUAACUCAGGAGCUAUAUUUAAAGGUUGUUUAGGAGAAGCUAGAGUUGGAGACCUUCUACUUCCAUACUUUCCGUAUCUUGAUGUUUAUUCAGACAACGUUCAAAACCGUUCAUUGUUCAAAUUGAAUAACACAAGGCCCGAAGAAGGUUGCAUUCUUUGUUUUGAACAAGAUUGUAAGAAUAGUGGUCAUUGCAAGAACCCUUCAGAAGAGUAUGCAUGUGAAUGUUCACCAGGAUAUGAAGGUGACGAUUGCUCUUUGAAUAUUGACGAAUGUUUGACUGCAAAUUGCACAAAUAACUCUACCUGCAUUGAUGGUAUUGCGAGUUAUAGUUGCGUCUGUUUGCCGGGCUAUGAAGGUGAUUUAUGUGAAUACGAAAUCAACGAAUGCUUAUCGAUGCCCUGUCACAACGGUGGAGCUUGUACGGAUCUGGUAGCUGGCUUCAGUUGUAACUGCACGGAAGAAUACGCCGGUCCACAGUGCGAUAUCCUCAAGUUAGUUACAUGUGACAACAAUCCUUGCCAUAAUGGCUCCACUUGUUUGGAUGGAUAUAACUCCACAACUGGAAACAAUUUCACUUGCGUCUGCAUGCCAGGACUUCAAGGACCGUUUUGUGAUAUGCCGUUUUGUAAGGUUCAGCCUUGCAAAAAUGGUUUUUGUUUAUCAGGUGAACCUCUUCAACCGCCGAAAUGUCAGUGUAGUAUUGGUUACACUGGAAAGUACUGUGAAAUCGAAAUAAAUGAAUGUGAAUCUCAACCGUGUCAAAAUAAUGGACAAUGCAUUGAUUCAAUUGGAUCAUUUGAAUGCAAUUGUACGAAUACCGGUUUCAAUGGUGUAUUAUGCGAAAAUGAUAUUGAUGAAUGCGUUAUGGAACGUAUCUCUUGCGGCGGUAAAGGUUUAUGCAUAAAUACGCGAGGAUCAUUCAAGUGUCAAUGCCCAGAGGAUACAUGUGGUCCAAAUUGUGACCAGGUUGACAUGUGCGCCUAUAGUGAUAUCUGCCAAAAUGGAGGAGUAUGCAUAGAAGAUUGCAAAGAAUUUGAAUCAGAUUAUAUUUGUAAUUGCACAGAAGAGUUUACAGGAAAAAAUUGUACAGAGUCGGCCGCUUUGCAAGAAAGUUCUCCAACCGACAUUGCAAUCAUCGUUGUACCAGUUGUCGUCGUAUUAUUGGCAAUAGGUGGUGCGCUUUUGGGGGCGUUUAUUGUAAUGGCCCGGAAUAAACGAGCGACGCGAGGUACUUACAGCCCAAGCGCGCAAGAAUAUUGCAAUCCACGAUUAGAGAUGGAUAAUGUACUUAAACCACCACCUGAAGAACGACUUAUUUAGUAAAUCAAAUAUUUAUAGUACAUAGUACAUAUUAUUAUUAGUUUUUAGCUUAAACACAUACGACAUACGUACACCGUAUAGCCUAAAUAUUUGACUUAUUAAAUAAUGUUUUCAUAGCGAGAGUAAGAUAUAUACAAUUGGUAAGCGGAAAGACUUCUUGUUCCGGGCAUCUGUCUUCAUUUGUUGAUUUGAUUUUUUAUAUCGAAGGAUUUGUCUCAUGUGUUAACUUAUUUCUCCUUAAUUAUUAAUCGAGUUUACUGUUUUACUAUAAUUUCGUUGACACUUGCUCAUUCCUGAAAAUCAACGGCCUUUCAUUGGCAACGUAUUACGGCGAUUCGAAAUCUACACUAAAACUGUUUGAAGACAAAUUGGAGCAGACAUACUUAAUGUUAGUUAGAUAAUUCCACUGUAUUACUAAUCAGAAACAAACGACGAGGAAUAUUGUGCUCAGUAUAUAUUCAGUAUAUAUUUUACAGAAUAAAAAACCAAUACGAGAAUAUUGUGAUAAAAAAAAAUCAAUAAAACACUUUACAUUCCAUUUGCAAGACCUAACUAGAUGAAAAGUAUAUAUUUAAUGUGCAUUGUUUCGCAAGCUUUAAUGGUUGACUUCCGCAUUCAUUUCAGCACUAAGUGAUUUUCAGUAUCUUCGUUGUUUUAUUCGUUUAUUUACAUAUUGAGAAAAAAACAAAAUGCAAGUCAACAUUCCUUUUUGUAGCCUCUUUAAAAAAUAGAUCCCGAGUUUAAAAAUCGCGUCACAUCGUGAACAUAUCUGAAGAUUACUAUAAUAAGCAUAAUUGACUAGAAAUGUGCCUUAUUUUGACAAGAAAAAACUGAUAUUUCCACAAACGAAGAUACACGAUCUCUGUGGAGGAAAUGCCUUGAAGAUUUAUUAUAUUGUUCGAAAAGUAAAAAUUUAUUGUUUUGAAUAAAAAACCGUCCAAUUCGAUGUAAGAUUUAGAAUUCAUCUAGAAGGUUAGAGUUGAAAGCGUUAUUUAUUUAUUUUGUUUUUCUUUCGUUCGAAAUUUAAGCUACCGACAAUUUCACGUCACAAAGCCUUAGAUCAAAAGCUUUCAUGGAGUUCGUCGCAAUUAUAUAGAUUGUGACCUUCUAAAUGUCUUCUACAUUUUCACUAGAUUUAUUAGUAUUUAAUGUAAAUAGGAUUAAUUUACGUAAAGAUGGAUGUAAUUGAUAUUCUUAUUACAUUGAACCAUUGCGUUAAUUAAAAAUACGAAUAUGAUCAUCAAAACGAUUUCUACUAAUUUCAAAGUUAAAGUUGUGUAUUCAUAGUUUUAAAUCCAACUCUUUUUAAAGUGUACAUUAUUUCCAAAGUUUUCCAUCCUUAUAAUGUAUAGUUUUAAUAUUUUAACUUCAGUUUUCAUAUUUGUAAAAAAAGUAUUUUAUUUGAGUAA